CCAGCUCUUUCGUGAAACCCCUAGCUGUGUGAAUUCCCAGUCUCGGAUUGCCAGUAAUAUCUCGUCAUAACCUUUGCUUUUGUUUAAAAAGCAAUAUUUUUAAAGUAUGAAACUGGACUUUAGGCAGCAGAUUUUUUUUUUCGUUCCUAGACUUUUGAACUGAAAGCUAUGCAAUUCAACAACAGGUGUUAUGCUGUAAAGGCAAAAUAGGGAGUGGCUGAUACUGGCGAUCUGGUGGAAACAGCAUUGAUCAAAGUUUGUUUGAUUAUUGUUUGGUAUUACAAACAGCAAAUGUAACACUUUAAUGAAGCUGUGCGUGAUUUAAAAGUGAGUUCUCAAAAUAAGUAGUGUUGAAUGGAUUCUAGGAUACUGGAGAAGAUACAAGCUAGCAUAUGGAAUUACAGCAAGCUGCUUUGUCAGGUAGCCCUGGUCUUUGUGUUGCUGUUCAGCGCACAAUGCAGUUGUGAUGUGAAUGACUGCCACAGUGUGUGCGGAAACAACCAGGACUUUACUCGUGGGAAACUGUGUCUGAAGGAUUACUGUGAUGAUUCGGGAUGCAGAUAUGCAGAGGAAACUUAUGCUGCUGAUAUACUUGAUGUAUUGAAUAGCCCUACAGCCCCAUUUGCAUCAGGUAUUAGCAGUCAUAAUGUGACUCUUAAGUGGGGGCCGGCAAAUGACUCAGGUGUGCAGUAUGUUCCUCAGUGGACGUACUCAAACCAGCCAGGAGCCUGGAGGUCAACUGAGAGUGUGUGUGACUUCUCGUACACUGUGAGGAACCUCCUCCCUGGCACACAGUACCAGUUCAGAGUAGUUUGGAUAUUAACAUCCCAACUAAUGCUGUAUUCCCCACAAAGCGGCAUAUACACGACUACUGCUUAUGGAGUUCCUUCUAGUGCUCCUGUGUUCCAGAAUGUGGAGUGCUUGACCCCGGAGACUGUGGAAGUCAGCUGGUCUCCCCCUCCUUUCCCUGGAGGAUCAAUUGUUGGGUAUAAUUUAAAGCUCAGCAGCAUAAACCAGGAGUUACACCGGGCUGCAGGGAGCAAUGAACUCCAAAUGCUGCUUUACCCAACAACAGCCAACACUACUUACAGGUUGAAGGAAAGUCCAUACAUACUCGCUGCAGGGAAGGACGGCAUUUGGAAACACCAAGUUGAAAAAUUUGAUCCUGGAAUUUUAAUCUAUCCUGAUAUAAAACAAGCAACACAUAUUGACUGGUACAAUAGCACCAUCUUCUGGAGUGACUUAGCAGGACAUGUCCAUAUGAUGCCACCAGACUCUAAUGUUGUUCUGGUAUCUGGUAUACUUCAAGCCGGCUCUUUGGCUUUUGAUUGGUUGGGACAACAUUUGUAUUGGGCAGGCCUUGCAUCAAAAACGAUCUACAGAACCGCACUAACCUCCAUGCAAACAGAAGUGGUUGCUCAAGUCAGACAUCUGGUGAUAGAUUUUGUUGUUGAUUCUGUUAAUGCGUUUUUAUACUGGACUACCUCCCUUACUGUGGAAUGUGCAAGACUGAAUGGUGAAAAGCACCAAGUCUUCCAAGAACACCAUCUUUUUUCCAAUAAACAGGUAUUUGCUCUUGCAUCAGACCUGAAUCUAGGCCACUUGUACUGGUUAGUGCAGGAUGGCAUGUAUUUACACUUGUACAGAGUCAAUCUCCUGAGAGAGGGGUUUGUGGACACCAGUAUUACAGAGUUUGCAGCAUGGAGUUCUCUGCGAAUAUCCCGUCAUGGUUUACAAUUCUAUAGUGGGCGGUUGUUCUGGUUGGAUGGAAACAACACUCUUACUGUCCAGGAGGUAAACCAGAGCAGUAGUGUGCCUCUUUUUACAGCCACUCAACUGAGAGCAUUCACACUUGUUCACGUGUCAAUGAAACCUCUCCCAGAUGGAUAUGUCUCCACUCCUAUUGUAAUUCCACAAUCAGUACCAAUCUCAUCCAUUAGGAUUGAAGGGAAUUAUUCUAUCGCAAGGGUAGUCUGGAAUGCUUCCAGGAAUGUUGAAUAUGGCACUGUCUUCUAUUGCGUGGAAUCUGAAACUCUGCAGCUGCAUGAGAAUCGUUCAAACAAGCAUUGUCUGCCUCCUAAUGAGUUGUCAACACCAGCAUUUGAAGUUAAUGGUUUGCAACCUCACACCAAAUUUGAUAUAAGUAUUACACCAUAUACCUACUGGGGAAAAGGCCAGACAACAAUGACAAUAUUACAGACACCAACGGGAGUGACAUCAGCCCCCAGAAGGCCCAGAAUAUUUGUAUCUUCUCAUGAUAGUUUUGGGGAUGCCAAGGUUGUUCAAGUGGAAUUUCGAUGGGAUGUUCCUGAAUAUGAAAACGGUGUUAUUGUGAAAUACAGUGUUCACUAUUCUGUAUGGAACAACAGUAAUGCCAACAGAACACACAUGCAAUGGAAAUCAGUUAAUACCUCAAUAACAUCAUAUAAACUCAAUAGUGUGCCACAUGGUUUCAUGGUUCUGUUUCAGGUUGAAGCCUUUACCUCGGUUGGUCCAGGAGAGAUGUCAAGCACAUCUCAAGCUAACACUUCAGUCCUCAUACCUGUGCCAAGGAUUGUGAUUGCGACAGAGCACUUUAUUUCGCUGUUUGAUGUUGACCUCAAUAAGACUGUCCAGAAUGUUCCAGCCAGGGUAAACACAGCACUAAUGGCCUAUACAGCUGACAGUGGUAUGCUGUACUAUAUACAACACGACACACUUUUUGCUACAAAAAUAAUUGAUGGCUCAAAGUCCCAGGUCCUGAAAGAUAGCCAGCUCGUUAAAACAACAUGUAUGACCGUAGACUGGAUUGGAAGGCGUAUAUUUAUUGCACAGGACACAACAAUGAAUACAACUCUGCUGUUUGAAAUUGAUCUGGAGCUGAAAACUAUCAUGCUGAAAAAAGUUGUCAACCCAAGCAGUGCUGUAUUGGCACUUGCUGUGUAUCCCUUGCUGAGUCGUCUUUAUUGGAUUGAAAGGUCUGCUGCAGACACCAGAAUGGUUUACUACGAUUUCGCCAACAAAACUGUGCAUCAUGUUUUUAAAAGUCAGGUGGAAAGUAAUGGUACACGUUUGUCAAGCAACAGAAAUGAGUGCAACUGUACAGAGACCAAAACUGAGUUGGGUGCAGCAAUGGCUUUAGAUACAACAGGUCUACAAAGUGACACCAUCGUUUUCACUACUCAAACGGGUGAAAUCUGGAUGACAGACCUGGAAGGUUGUUCGUGCAAAAGAGUUAUUAGAGUCCCUUUGCAGUUGGGUGAAAUCCUUGGCAGAGUAACGGUUGAUAAGCAGUUUAUUUAUUGGACUACCUCUAUUGAAGAAAAUGUGACAAUCUAUCAAGCAGAAAAAGAAAAUGAAAACCAGAUGGCCUUAUUUACUGUGGCAAAACCUGUUUCUGUUUCUGCGUACAGCCCACUCCUGCAGCCUCUCCCAGAUAAGAAUUGUCUGAUACCAGCUGCAUACACAGAAAAACCCAGAAUACUGAAUGCUACAAACAGCAGUUUUUCUCUUGAGUUGCCUCCAUGCAGACCUCAGCUUCACUGUCAGGGUGUCUCUGUUCCAACACCGACCUACCUGUUGCACUAUGGGAAUCUGAAGGAUGGCAACAGCUCAUUCAGCUGCUCCCAGGGACUGCAGUGCACAGUGCUGGAGUUCCACCAAACUAUUGUCCAUCUUAAAGGGCUCCAGCCUUACUCAUUCUAUGUGAUACAAACAGCUGUGAAGAAUUACUACGGUGGCUUUCCAGAAUUCCUUGGAGAAGCUGAUGUUGGUAAAACACUAUAUGGAACACCUGAGAGUGUUGCAAACUUUACCAUCUCUGUGUUUUCGGACACUGCUGUCAAUAUAUCAUGGACUGAACCUUCUCAACCCAAUGGUCCUGUUGAGAAGAUUAGAUAUCAAGUCAUUAUUAACAUACUGGAGCAUUAUCCUCCAACACCACUGAUGAAAACUGAAUUUCCGCAACAGAGGCUAGCCUGGUCAGUCAGUUCUCUCAAAGGCGGAACAUCUAAUAAUUUUGUGGUUCUGUCUUUUCACCCUGAUGAGGACUGGUUUACUGCUAGUGUUCCUGUCCUUGCUACAACCUUUCAGUCUCCUUUGGAACCAUACAAUAUCAUACCCAGGAACACCAGUGUAAAACUGGAGUGGAGAGCCCCCAUUGACAACAACACAAGGAGCUUCACGUUUGAACUGAGUGAGAUACCGUCAAAGAGCAAGUGGUUUCAGCCAAAAACAACCGAUUGUAAUAAUGGAUCCAGUAACAUCUGUGAACUGUUUGGACUUGAUCCAAACAGGAUUUACUAUGUACGUGUUAAAGUGACUUAUAAAACUGAUGGAGUUGGAUUUUCACCAGCAAAAGAUUUCACAACAACUGCUGGCGUUCCCGGGAAGCCUGGAGCCCCCAGUCUCUGGAUGGAUGAGACGAUGAUAGGAUGGGAUAAGGCUGCAGACAAUGGAUGCAACAUCAUCUAUUACAUACUGGAGAGCAGGAAAUUGCAAACAGAAAGUCUUUUACUGAACCAGAGUGGCAGCGUGACCUGGGAGGUUGUGCACAAUGACUCGUGCAGCUCCAGUUUUUGCACCUGGAAGGUCAGAAACCUCCUGGGGACAUUUCAGUUCCGAGCAGCAGCAGCAAAUUUAGUGGGACUUGGGGAGUACAGUGAUGUCAGCAGGAGUAUAAUGUUGAAUGGUCAUACACCUAGCAAUGGAGCAUUCAUAGCUGUGACAGUGGUGAUUGCAGUGCUUAUUGUCCUGAUGGGUGUAUUUGGCUUUGGCUGGUAUCGAAGAAGGAAAAUAAAGCAGUCCCCAUCCAAUAGAUUGAUGGUUUACUUUAAACCGGAUGCAGAACUCGCUGAAAUCAGAGGACUGGCUUCAUCAGUUGGACUGGUUAAUGCCUGCUAUGCUAUAAGCUUCCUUCCAACUGAGAGUGGAAGAAACAGUUUGCCAGGGUUUCCACGGGAGAGGCUGAGGCUGUGCUGCCUCCUGGGGAGUGGGGCAUUCGGUGAGGUUUACGAGGGGGUUGCUCUUGACAUCUUGGGCAAAGGAAGUGGUGAAACCAAAGUAGCUGUGAAGACCCUGAAAAAUGUUGCUACAGACCAUGAAAAAGCUGAAUUCCUAAAGGAGGCACACUUGAUGAGCCAGUUUGAUCAUCCUCACAUCCUAAAGUUGCUUGGCGUCUGUCUGAUGAAUGAACCCCACUUCAUCAUUCUGGAACUGAUGAAGGGAGGGGAUCUGCGCACUUACCUAAGAGAGGCCCGAGCAACCAGGAAGCGAGGGUCUUUGCUCAGUAUUUUAGACCUUCUUGAUGUAUGUGUCGAUGUCUCUAAGGGCUGUGCCUACUUGGAGAAAAUGCACUUUGUUCACAGGGACUUGGCAGCUAGAAACUGCCUGGUGUCUGUAAAAGAGUAUGGUACUCCUGAAAGGUUAGUGAAGAUUGGGGACUUUGGAUUGGCAAGAGAUAUCUACAAAAAUGAUUACUACAGGAAAAGAGGGGAGGGGCUCCUUCCGGUCCGUUGGAUGGCACCUGAGAGUCUAAUUGAUGGGGUCUUCACCAAGUACUCUGAUGUGUGGUCUUUUGGGGUUCUGCUGUGGGAGAUUAUAACUUUAGGAGAGCAGCCAUACCCAGCAUAUUCAAACCUUGAAGUUUUGCACUUAGUACGGUCUGGAGGAAGACUGCCGUCCCCUACCAACUGCCCAGAUGACAUAUAUGACUUGAUGCAAAAAUGCUGGCACAAAGAGCCCAGCAUGAGACCAAGCUUUCAGUACAUUCAGGACCGCGUGGAACAGCUGAGGAAGUCGCCACUGAGCUGCAGCCACAGCUACGAUGAUAGCAUCUUCCCCAGUGGGGUCAUAAAUCAUGCCUUCGAAGAUGCAGAAGACGACUGUAUUGAAGUGGACAGAGAUGGCGUUCCAAUGGCAGGUUUAACUCCAACCCAGAACAACGAAGGACUAAACUACCUGAUGUUUCAACCAGAAAACGCUGAAUCUGAAGAGAGGAACGAGCAGAAGUCUCUGUGUUUUGUUUCAACACCAGAUUCCCAAAUGAAAGCUUGUAAGGAACCUAAUGUAGAAACUUCUAAUUGCUGUGAUGAAUUUGCAACCUCAGAGAACACAGUUCUAAACUAUGCCUCCAUUACUGUGCCAAGUGAAGGCGAGUCAGUAUCAUGCUGACCUAGUAUUAAACAGGCCCAUCUCCUUUAAUAGUCUUUUACACAGCAGGACUCAGUCUAGAGACCGACUGACCAUUUAAAUUUGUUCUUUUCUAUACAUUUACCCAUUUGACUGAAAAAGGUAAACAGUAAACUCUGAUGUUGAUUAUGUACAAUGCAUUGCCUCAGCAAGAUAGGUUUUGCUACUGGACUAGCUAAUUGAAGGAACAACAAAAUAAUAUUGCAAGUAUAUGGAAAGCUAUAAAGCGGUAUAUAGUUCAAUAUGUUAACGUAACAUUAUUCAACAGGUUUCAUUUGACUUUAUGAAGCAAAAUUAGAUAAUUCUAUAGGUUGCUGCACAAGUUUUGGACAUCACUGUGUAGCCUAAUACUAAACUCCUGAUAAGCAGUCAUAAAAUAGAAAUUAAACUACCCCACAGCUUUAACUAUAUGCUAUUAUUAACAACUGUAUGACAGUUGCUUCUCUCCUUCUGUGCCUGUAUGUGUUACCAUGGAAAUAGAGCAUUGAAAAAAAAAAUCCUUGUGUGAUACUACAUUCCCUCAGAUAACGUAAAGUGAGAAAAAAAGACAAUAUGAGACUCUUACAAUUCCCAGGGAAAAUCCAAGUUUUCACUAGUCGUGUAUGGACAUUUAAAAAAAGAAUACUGUAUAAGUUUUCACUGUUUGCACAGUUCCAUAUAAAACGUUUCUAUAAUGUUGUGGUUGAGAAGUGUAAGUACCACUGUGAAACUGAUGGUGACAAUAAAUUAUUAUUAGUUGACUUAAAUCCAAGAAAAUAUAUUAAAUAACCUUUUGCAGCCCAUUUUUAAGCUUUUAAUUGGCGAUAUAUUCUUACUGUUUAAUAUAGUGUGUAUGUUUAUGUUCUAUCAGAAGUGGAUUAUUGACCCUUACGUUAACAUCACAAAAGACAAGAUUGAGGUGAUACAACCCCCACAUUAAAUUAAUAUAAAAAUAUACUGUUACCGGCUAGUGUAAACAGUUGGGCAGUAAUAUGAAUACAUUAACAG